CUUUCAUCGUCUCUCUCUCUCUUUAUCUCUCAAGAAGAAAACAAAAAUCGAAGAACCAGAUGAGACUCUCUUGCUUUGUUUGUUUGUUAUUGUUUCUCAUCACUGUUUCAGUUCAGUUAGAUGAGACAUUAUCAUUAAGAAGAGACAUGACAAAGCUUCUUGAAAUCCAAGACAAGAUCCAAGAAAGACUCGCAACCGCUCCCUCUCUCCCACCACUAUCUUCACCAUCAUCUCCAUUUCCCAAAAUGGUGGGAAGAGUUAUUUACCCAAUAAGCUACGGAGCUGACCCUACAGGUGGACAAGACAGCAGUGACGCAAUACUUGAAGCCUUAACAGAUGCUUUUCAGUUACACAUUGAGCUUCACAUGCUGCCACGUGUCACUGAUCUAGGAGGUGUUGUUAUUGAUCUCCAAGGUGGCAGUUACAAGAUCGGAAAACCUCUCCUCUUCCCUUCCUCCGGUGGUGGAAACCUCCUGGUAAAAGGAGGGACUCUCCGUGCAUCAGAAGUGUUUCCUGAUGAUCGUCAUUUAGUAGAACUCGUGGCAUCAAACUCAGAGAUCUUCUUUGAGGAUGUGACCUUCAAAGACGUUCUAUUCGACUCAAGCUUCAGAGGAGGUGGCCUCACGGUAGUAAACUCAGCUCGUAUCCGUAUAACAGACUGCUACUUCCUCCACUUCACAACGCAUGGGAUUAAAGUCCAGGGAGGUCACGAGACAUACAUUUCAAACACAUUCUUAGGACAACACUCAACGGUAGGUGGAGACAGAGAAGAAAGAUCAUUCUCCGGGACAGGUAUCGAUAUCUCCAGUACAGAUAACGCCAUUACUGAUGUAGUGAUCUUCUCUGCUGGGAUCGGUAUCUUGUUGAACGGCCAGGCGAAUAUGGUCACGGGAGUGCAUUGCUAUAACAAAGCUACGUGGUUUGGUGGGAUUGGGAUUCUAGUGAAGUCUCAUUUAACGAGGAUAGAUAAUUGUUACCUUGAUUACACAGGUGUAGUCAUUGAAGACCCUGUUCACGUCCAUGUCACAAACGGUCUCUUCUUGGGAGAUGCUAACAUUGUGUUGAGAGCCGUGCAAGGGAAGAAGAUUCACGGUCUGAAUAUAGUUAACAACAUGUUUAGUGGUGAUCCUAAACAUAACUUUCCUAUUGUUAAGGUUGAAGGGGAGUUUACUGAGGUUGAACAAGUUGUGAUUGAUCAGAACAAUGUGGAAGGGAUGACGUUGAGAUCAACAACAGGGAGGUUAAAGGUUUCAAGUAAUGGGACUAGAUGGGUUGCUGAUUUUGCACCGGUUUUGGUUUUCCCUAACCGGAUAAACCAUUACCAGUAUUCGUUUUUGGCUCAGUCUGGAGAGAUACCUGCGAGUGCUGUGACUAAUGUUUCUAACAAUGUGGUCGUUGUAGAAACUGAUAGAGAUGUAACUGGAACCGUGUCAGUGAUUGUUUAUCAGUAG